AUGGACACAAGAGCCUCCCUCUCCAUUCUGCUGCUGCUGUUUGGCAUCUCACAGGCAUCUACUCUCACAGAUGAAAGGUUUGAAGGAGUGUUUGUGUCAGAGCCUGAACCUCUGGAUAUCACUACAAGGAUUUUGGAGUCCAAUAAUGACCUCAUUUUAAAUAUGUGGGCCUUUUUGUUUACAGCCUAUAAUAACAAAUUAGUUAUCGCAAAUGCCAUGUCCACUUUUCACUCCAAAACCUGCAUCCGCUUUGUGGCCAGAUCAACUCAGAGCGACUACAUCAGUAUUGAGAACAAAGAUGGGUGCUACUCUUCUCUUGGCAGAACUGGUGGCAAGCAGGUGGUCUCCCUCAACAGGCAAGGCUGUGUGUAUCACGGCAUCGUUCAGCAUGAGCUCAAUCAUGCCCUGGGCUUCUACCACGAGCAAACCAGGAGCGAUCGUGAUGAGUACGUCAAGAUCAACUGGGAGAACAUGUCUCCUGAUAUGGCCUACAACUUCCAGAAACAAAACACCAACAACCAAAAGACUCCAUACGACUACGGCUCCAUCAUGCACUAUGGAAGAACAGCCUUCUCCAUCCAGCCCGAGCUGGAAACCAUCACUCCCAUUCCUGAUGAGACGGUGGAAAUCGGACAGAGGCAGGGAAUGUCCAACACCGACAUCCUGAGGAUCAACAAGCUGUAUGGAUGCUGA